AAUUUAGUUGUUGGUAAUCUAGAAUUGUGACCAGUUAUUUAAUGUUUGGUUUUAAUUUCAAAUGAAACAAUUUAAUGUAUUUUUAAUGUUUGAAUAACAGCAUUAAUCGUCAUCAUUUUAAUUUUCGAAAAAAUGUGCAGUAAAAUGAACAUUUAACUUCUCUUUAAACCAGUUUAUUUAUCAUACGAGUACGUAUCUAUAUGAGAAAAUGUCAUGUGUGUGUAACAAUGGGUAAUAAUCUGCAAUAAAUAAACAUUUGAACCAUUUACUCAACGGAUCAUUUAUUAUUAUAUUAUUAAAUAUAAUUUUUAUACAUUCAUUUUACACGAUAAAAAAUGGAUGCUGGUAAAAAAGAAGAACGGCCUCUAAAUCCACGAGCCAGAGCAAACAUCUUUGAAAUCUUUACGUUUAGCUGGAUUUUUGACCUUUUCAAAGUUGGACGAAAGAGGAAUUUAGAAUUCAAUGAUUUAUACGUACCUCUAAAUAAUGACAGAUCAUCGUUAUUAGGAAUCGAGUUACAGAAGAGGUGGAAAAUCGAAACGGUUAAUGCAAACAAGAAGAAUGGAGAUCCUAGUUUGCUAAGGGUAUUAGUUCAAAUGUUUGGUGCUAAGCUAAUGUUAUAUGGAUUAAUACAAGCAUUUGUUGAAAUUGUGUUGAGAAUGUCUCAACCGAUACUAAUUGGUGGAUUAUUAGAAUAUUUCAACCCGGAUAAGUCCAACGCCAAGGACUUGACUCGUGCAUACUGUUAUGCGUCAGGUCUAUUAUUGAACAUGUUGGUUAAUAUAUUAUUGUUUCAUUAUUCACAAAUGGAAACGGGACAACUAGGAAUGAAGCUUCGAGUGGCCUGCUGUUCAGCAAUAUAUAAAAAGGCAUUGCGAUUAAGUAAAACAUCUUUAGGUGAAACUACAGUCGGCCAAGUGGUAAACUUGUUGUCAAAUGAUGUAAAUCGGUUCGAUAUAGCAUUCAUAUUUAUACACUUUUUAUGGAUCGGCCCCCUGCAAUCAAUUGUAGUCACAUAUUUUCUGUGGCAAGAACUUGGCGUAUCAUCUUUAGUUGGAGUAGCUAUAUUUCUUGUCUUUAUUCCACUGCAAGGAUGGUUGGGAAAGAAAACUUCCGUAUAUCGGUCGAAAACAGCGCCUAGGACCGACGAAAGAGUAAGGUUGAUGAACGAAAUAAUAUCAGGCAUACAAGUGAUAAAGAUGUACACUUGGGAGAAACCCUUUGCAGUGCUUGUACAUUUCGCAAGAAAGCUGGAACUUGAACAGAUCAGAGGUGUCUUAUACAUCAGAGUGUUUUUGCAAUCAUUUGUAAUAUUUCAUUUAAGAUUUGCGUUGUUCAUAAGUAUUUUAUCAUACAUAUUAUUAGGAAACUACAUAAAUACUCAAAAAGUUUUUGUUAUACUUUCAUACUUAAAGAUAUUGACAACAAUGACAGUAUUUUUCCCCCAAGGUAUUUUAACGUUAGCUGAGAUGCUAAUAUCCAUUAAACGCAUUCAGACAUUUCUACUACAAGACGAAAAGCACAAACAUGAUAAACCAUCGUUAUUAAAACCUGCAGAAGCUACAUCCAAAGACAGCAUUGAAAUGUUAAAUUUUAAUAGUGAUCAUUUUGCGACAAAUACAGAUAGCAAUGAAGAAGAUAUGGGCCAAUUGAGUAAUUUUGGAAUCGACAUUUUAAACGCCUCGGCUAAAUGGAUACUCAAUCAACCCGAUAACUCUUUAAAUAACAUUAAUUUAACCGUUAGACCUGGGCGGUUGGUUGCAAUCAUUGGGCCUGUAGGAGCUGGAAAAAGUUCAUUGAUUCAUGCGAUUUUACAAGAAUUGCCACUUUGCGAAGGUAGUAUUUCGGUGCGAGGCACAGUAUCUUACGCCUCUCAAGAACCGUGGUUGUUUAACGGUUCAGUUCAACAAAAUAUACUUUUUGGUUCGCCAAUGGAUCAUAAUCGUUACAAAGAAGUUAUAAAAGUAUGCGCAUUGAAAACCGAUUUUAAACAACUUCCUUAUGGUGACAGAUCUUUAGUAGGUGAAAGAGGAGUGUCUCUUAGUGGUGGUCAACGAGCGAGAGUAAAUCUAGCAAGAGCUGUAUAUAAACAAGCCGAUAUUUAUUUAUUGGACGACCCUUUAUCAGCUGUUGACACACACGUUGGAAACCAUUUAUUUGAAAAAUGUAUUAAGGGUUACCUCAAAGAGAAGACGUGUAUUCUUAUUACUCACCAAAUACAAUACUUGUCAAGUGUUGAUCAAAUUGUUUUGAUGGAAAAUGCAAAUAUAUUAGCCGAGGGUUCGUAUCAGGAACUUCAAUCUUCUGGAUUAGACUUUACAAAAUUAUUUAAAUUAUCCGAGGAAACAACCACCGAUACUGAAAUUGAGAGCAACAAUGUAACUAAUAAAAGUUUGGAACAGCCCUCCGGUUUAUCUCGACAAGAGUCAUUUAAAAGUAUUUCGUUGUCUAUUGAUGAAAAUAAAUUAAACGAAACUCAAGUAGCACCCAUUGAAGUGGCUGAAAUUCGGUCUACCGGAAUAGUUUCACAUAGUAUUUACUCGUCUUAUAUUUCUGCCGGAGGAAAUACUUUCAAAAUAUUAUUUUUAUUAUUCAUAUGUAUUUUCACUCAAAUGCUUGGUACUGGGGGAGAUUAUUGGAUAAGUUAUUGGGUUAACCUAGAAGAUCAUGUUUUUCAUAAUGCAGAGAGUAAAUCUACGAAUAUUAGUAAUUUUAUGACUUACGUGGAAUCUGAUACACCGUGGGUAAUAUCUCGCCAGUUUUGUGUUAUAAUUUACGCUGUCAUAAACGUAGCUAUGUUAAUAGUUGUUUUAAUAAGAUGUGCUACAUUCGUAUCAGUUUUUAUAGGCGCAUCUAUGAAUUUACACACCAGUAUGUUCAACGCUAUAACCAGAGCUACAAUGUAUUUCUUUAAUACAAAUUCGUCCGGACGGAUUCUGAACCGUUUCACUAAAGACAUCGGUGCUAUUGAUGAAAUGAUAACAGUUCCUUCAUUGGAUUUUAUAUAUAACUCAUUGUCACUUAUUGGAAUUAUAAUUGUGGUUGGAAUAGUUAAUGUUUACCUUCUUAUACCCACAUUUUUCAUCGGGGUAUUGUUUUAUUACACAGUAGUCUAUUAUUUAUCUACAUCACGUAGUAUCAAACGUUUGGAGGGAGCCUCACGAAGUCCCGUAUUAGGAUAUUUGAACGCGUCGCUUCAAGGUUUAUCAACAAUAAGAGCAUUUGAAGCCGAGGAAGUUUUAUCUAGAGAAUUCGAUGACCAUCAAGACUUACAUACUUCGGCUUGGUAUAUUUUUAUUUCGUCCACCGAAGCUUUAGGUUUUGCGUUGGAUAUGAUCUGUCUUGUAUAUAUUAGUAUCUUAACAUACAGUUUCUUAGUUGUCAAAAAUGAUACUUUUGGGGGAGAUGUUGGACUAGUUAUAACUCAAGCGAUGAGUUUGACAGGUUCACUUCAGUGGGGAAUAAGACAAUUUGCUCAAUUAGAUAAUCAGAUGACAUCUGUUGAAAGAGUACUUGAGUAUACAAAUGUUCCACAGGAAGCUGCACUUGAAUCUGCACAAGAUAAGAAACCACCAAAAGAAUGGCCAGAUAAAGGGCAAAUUGUGUUUGAAAAUUUUUAUCUACGUUAUACUCUAGAGGGGGCGCACGUUUUAAAAAAUCUCAACAUUCAAAUUCAGGCAACGGAAAAAAUAGGAAUUGUUGGACGAACUGGUGCAGGUAAAUCGUCGUUGAUAGGAGCGUUAUUUAGACUUGCUCUCAAUGAGGGAAAUAUCACCAUCGACGGUAAAGAAAUACACGAAUUAGGAUUACACGAUUUACGAUCCAAAAUUUCAAUAAUUCCUCAAGAACCAGUUUUGUUUUCGGGAUCCAUGCGAAAAAACCUAGAUCCUUUAGACGAAUACCCAGAUCAUGCGCUUUGGAAUGCUUUAGAAGAAGUAUAUCUUCUCGUUUAUAAUAAUUUGCAAAUACAGUUAACUUUUUUUAUUUACGUAAUAUUACUAUUUAAGGUGGAACUUAAAACCGUCGUAGAGGAUUUGCCCGACGGUCUGAACUCAAAAAUGUCUGAAGGCGGAUCUAAUUUCAGCGUUGGUCAAAGGCAAUUAGUGUGUUUGGCUAGAGCUAUAGUGCGUAGUAAUAAACUUCUCGUGCUGGAUGAGGCCACUGCCAAUGUUGAUUCACAGACCGAUGCGUUGAUUCAAUAUACGAUUAGAAAUAAAUUUCGGUCGUGUACAGUGUUAACGAUCGCUCACCGUUUGAAUACAGUUAUGGAUUCUGACAGGGUGCUUGUUAUGGACGCUGGAACAAUGGUCGAAUUCGAUCACCCUUAUAACUUGUUGAAAAAUAAAGAUGGGUUUUUGUACAAAAUGGUAGAACAAACUGGAACCGAAACGUCUGAAUUGUUACAUAAUUUAGCAGUUGAGAGCUUUAUGAACAUUGCCCACGAACACAUCGAAUUAACCACAUGAGUCAUGAAUGCUAAAGUUCAGUUGAUUUUAUACAAAAAUCACAUUAAUGAUUGUCAGUUAUAUAAUUAAAUAUUGUUUCAUAUUUAUUAGAUACAUUUACGGCAUCACUGACUGUUCAUACCUGACAAUAACUUAAACUAUUUAUUUAUUUUAGUGUCUUAAUCAUACAUUUUUUUUAAACUGAAUAUGAUGUAUAGUUACUACAAUAAAAUUGUAUUAUGGA